AUGUAUCUGAGCAAGGCCACAAACGAAGACUGGAAAUAUUCCCAGACCGAUCCAUAUGCGUCAGGAUACUUGGAUGUCGAGAAUGGAAUGCAUCAUGUGUUCUGGGCUGAAUACGGCAAUCCGAAUGGCAUCCCUGUUAUGUGCAUUCAUGGUGGACCAGGUGGUGGUAGCGAGGCAUUUGUAGCGCGCUUUUUCCAUCCUGAGAAGUACCGUGUACUCAUGUUUGACCAGCGAGGAUGCGGGAAAAGCACACCAUCUGCCUCAACCGACAAUGUAACUGCGGCACUUUCGAACAAUACAACCGCGCAUUUGAUCGAUGAUAUAAACCAACUGCGUAAAACGCGUCGUAUCGAUACACCAAUGUGCCUAUAUGCAGUACCCAGAGGCGUGGAAAAAAUCUAA